UUACUUUGAAUUUCCCAACACGACGUCGCUCGUCACGGCACGGAUGCGGCCCUGAUCACAUGGCAGGGCGUGCGCGCAUGCGCAACCGGGAGUGCCGAAGUCCGAUGGAGACGAGAUGCCCACUGCCGCCGCCGUCGUCCCCGUGUAGCGCAGGAGCGAGAGCCGCGGAGCGCAGACGCGCCACACUCCCCCCGUCGUCGUCCUCCAGCUCAGCUGCAUGUGCUGCAGUCUGACACCAGGAGCCCGAUGUCUGUGGCAAAUGCGAAACACACUGUCCUGAAUCCGGUGAUCCCGUACACGGGGCCCAUACCCGGAGGCCUGCACCCGGGGGAGAUCAUCAUCAUCCAGGGCACCGUGCCCCCAGAUGCUGACAGGUUCCAGAUCGACCUGUCCAGCGGCUGCAGCACCAAACCGCGCUCCGACGUCGCCCUCCACUUCAGCCCUCGCUUCAAGGGCUCGCCCCGCGUCGUCUGCAACUCCCUGCUGCAAGAGAGCUGGGGCCAAGAGGAGACGCUCCACCAGCUGCCCUACAAAUGCGGAGCCCCCUUCGAGACCAUCGUCCUGGUGCGCAGAGACGUCUUUAAGGUGGCAGUAAAUGGCACCCACCUGUUGAGCUACAAGCACAGAAUCCCACUGAACAGGGUCGACACGUUUUCUAUUUCUGGGAAAGUCAGGGUGCACGCUGUUGGCUACAUCCCAACCUCAGCAAUAUAUUCAGAAUCAGGUGACCUGAGCAUACCUUACAAAGGUAGUCUACUCAAGGGACUGAGCCCGGGGCAGCACAUCACAAUCAAAGGACAGGUCAGCGUGUAUCCUCACAGCUUCACGGUGAACCUCUGCAACAGCCGGACGGAGAACAUCGCCCUGCACCUGAACCCCCGCAUGAAGUCGGGCGUGUUCAUCAGGAACUCGUACCUGAGCGAGACCUGGGGUCAGGAGGAGCGAGAGCUGCCCUUCUUCCCCUUCUCGUCGGGGGAGUACUUCGAGAUUCUCAUCCUGUGUCAGCCCCAUCAGUUCAAGCUGGCGGUGAACGGCUCGCACCUGUUCGAGUUCAGACACCGGGUGCAGGACCUGAGCAGCAUCGACCAGCUGGAGAUCAUGGGAGACCUGGAUCUCACCGACGUUAAGCUGUGGUGACUCGGGACGCCAGACUGAGUGACGCAGCAGCGUUAUGCAGACACAGUCGAGUUCUGGUUAUUGAUGCUUUAUCAGCUUAGCCACAGUGGCCCAGAUGAUGGAUGCUAAAAGAUCAGCAAAAGAAACCUGCGCCGACCUCUGGUUCACCCCCCCCCCAAAAAAAGAAAGAAAAGCACAGGUCACUGAUCUUAAAGCUAACCCAGUCAUCAACAGGCCGGACAACCGACUAAACGAUCCACCUCUCCAGCCCCGAACCAGAGGACUGAUGCAUGAGCAUCAUCUGUGCCUGAGCAUCGGGGGCUGUGGGCCACCGUGACUGUUUACAGCCCAUCAGGUUUGCCUUGGUUCAUAUCUUAUAUAGUCUUUCUCUGCUGUGAUACGCCAUUAAUGCGCUGUAUAAUUCAAAUACGGAAAUGUAUGUAAAUGUUGAUAAGCACUUAGUUUAAAUGUGAAAAACAAGUCUGAAAAUACAAACGAUGAAUGAGCCUGAUGGGUUUUUUGGGGGGGAGCAAAGCUCAGCAAAGACUAUAUUAUUGUACAGCUAAUCUAAAGAAAUUCAUUUUUCAUAAAUGCAUCAUUUGUAGGGAUUGUAGAGAUUAUUCUUUUCUUUGCAGGUGCAGUGUUAAAUACAAAUUUAGGGUAUUAUUAUUUUCCUUCAAUUUGUUUUUAACAAAAUUUUUCGAUACGUCAAAUUAUUUUCUUGUUUUCUUUUGUGAAUAAUCCUCAGAAUUCUUUCACACAACUUCCCAUUGUGCUUGCCAUUUAAAUGAAGUUAUCAUGUAAUGGUGCAGCAGAACUCAAGCACAGUGCAGUACAGGGUCAACUUAACUCAUAACUAUGUAAAUAACCGUAACAAAUGCUUUUUUUUUGCAAUCUUAAUGCAAGCUGUAGUGAAUACUAUAAUCCUGCAUCAGUGAACAUCACUUGCCUCGCUGUUCUCCCACUCAAAAAUAAUAAGGAUAUCCCAGAUCAAAAAAUAAAUUAAAAAAAUUAAUCAGGGAUUCCUCUUUCCCGGUGUUAUUGGGAUUUUCUUUCUCCUUUUUUUCUUUGCAUUGUUAGUCGCUGUUGUAAAAUAUGUAUGAAAAAUCCUCCGAAUGUAUCAUAAAUGAUUUAAUAAAUACAUGUGUUACUAUUAUAAUAAUA